AUGCAGUCCCCCAGAAAGAGACAAGCAUCUGAAGACACAGGGUGUCCAAAAGAAAGGCAAUCGCCUUCCCCGUCCCCUCACAAGAUUACUUCACGUGGAGGCCACAAUUCUCCUGAACCAGCACACUCAGUCCGAGGAAGCAUUUCAUCCCCGGCGGCGGCUCCAACACCCGAUGUUGUCGCACCCCCUACUGUGGACCAAGAGACACAUUCGGCUGGCUUAGAUCAAAUCCCACCAGUCUCCCCCAAGAUCCAAUCUGAAGAUCCAUCCCACCCUUCAGGCCAGGAUCAGGAGAAGAAGCCUGAUCAGAAGCCAGCGCUGAGUUAUUCAGAGGUUCUUCAAUUAAACUAG